AUGUCGGAAAAGAGCUUACUUUCUUCAAAAUUCCUCUUUUACACAAUAACUAUUUCAACUCUACUAUUCAUUAUCUCUUCCCUCUUCUUCCUUCAACGCAACGAACCUUCUUCUUUCACUUCGAGUUUAGUUCACAAGCUGAUUCUUCCAAGAACAGACAUCAAGAACGAAGAAUUCGACAAGACCCAUGUCUCAUGUGUUCGUAACCGAGAUGUGUUAAAGGUGUUUAUGUACGAUUUGCCCUCUGAAUUUCACUUUGGUUUAUUGAAUUGGCACAGUAAAAGAUCUGAGAUUUGGCCAAAUGUCAAGAACAUUAGCACAAUCCCAUCUUAUCCUGGUGGGUUAAAUCGGCAACAUAGUGUAGAGUAUUGGCUUACACUUGACCUCUUAGCUUCAGAGAUACCUGGAAUCAAGAGACAUUGUAGUGCAAUUAGAGUGAAGAAUUCGAUUGAGGCCGACAUUGUUUUCGUGCCGUUCUUCUCUUCGUUGAGUUACAAUCGGAAAUCUAAGCUCCGUGGAAACGAUGCCAUUAGUGUUGAUAGAUUGUUGCAGGAAAGGUUAGUUGAGUUCUUGAAAAGUCGAGAAGAGUGGAAAAGAUUUGAUGGGAAAGAUCAUUUGAUAGUAGCUCACCAUCCAAACAGUUUGCUUUAUGCAAGAAACUCGCUUGGAUCCGCAAUGUUUGUUCUCUCGGAUUUCGGAAGAUAUCCAUCCGCGAUUGCUAAUAUUGAGAAAGACAUCAUUGCGCCUUACUUGCACGUCGUUAAGACUGUCUCUAACAAUGAGUCAGCGCCGUUUGAGAAGCGUCCUGUAUUGGCAUAUUUCCAAGGAGCAAUCUACAGAAAAGAUGGUGGAAGUAUUCGCCAAGAAUUGUAUUACCUUCUUAAAGAUGAGAAAGACGUUCACUUUGCAUUUGGAACGGUAAAAGGGAACGGGACUAAACAAACUGGUAAAGGAAUGGCCUCCUCGAAGUUUUGUCUCAAUAUCGCAGGUGACACGCCUUCAUCUAACCGUCUUUUCGAUUCCAUCGUGAGCCAUUGUGUUCCGGUUAUAAUCAGUGAUCAGAUUGAGCUUCCAUUUGAAGAUACUCUAGACUAUUCGGGUUUCUCUGUGUUUUUGCACUCCUCUGAAGCUGUAAAGAAAGGGUUUUUGGUGAAUCUUCUCAGAGGGAUAACAAAGGAUCAGUGGAAGAAGAAGUGGGAGAGACUGAAAGAGGUUGUUGAGUGUUUCGAGUAUCGGUUUCCUUCUCGUCCUGGAGAUUCUGUGGAUAUGAUUUGGUCAGCGGUUUCGCAUAAGCUUUCUUCACUUCAGUUAAAUGUUCAUAAAAAGAAUCGGUACCGUAGGUCUGAAACUUUUGAUAGAAACCGAUCAAGUUAA